AUGGCCCCGAACCCGCAGUGCUCCGCCCUCGCCGCCGCGAAGGACAAGAAGGGCCUGUCCUACUCCCAGAUCGGCCAGCAGAUUGGCCUCUCCGAGCAGCGCGUUAUCGACAUCUGCACGGGCGCCGCAGUCCCCACCACCGGCGAGUUCAACUCCCUUGCGGGCGCCCUCGACAUCAAGUCCGCGCCCCCCUCCGACUCCGCGCACACCAGGGUCUGA